CAUUUCCCUGUCUCCUUUGUAGGUCUUGAGCAUGGAGGAUGCAGAGUUUUCGAAGCCCCUGCACAUCCAGCGUCUAGAACAGGCACUCAAGCUCGACCCAUUUCUCAACUACGUGGAACAGGUCAUCAACCAACCCGUCAGUGAUGACACAGCAUCAGAAUCAGACGUUGAAGGAAGUAUAUCCUUGAAGAAUGGUAUAUCGCGGACAAAAGACGAGAGAGAAAAUGACAAAUCACACCUAUACAACUUUUUGGGCGUCCGUCGCAAAAGACAAUGGCUGAAGGACGUGCUGGUGUCGUCGUCCUCAUCCUCCUCUGAGACCGAGAAUGACACAGAAAAUGAGGACGGACCAGAGCUCACGCCUGCUGACCUGGAGAACAUGCUCAGGGAACACCGCCUCCGCAAGCAUCACCAGUCACACUUUUACCAGAAUGAAGAGAAUCGAGGCUACCUAUACUAUAGUGCUGGCUUGCUCUCGCGUGUUGACAAAUACCCAGAACACCAGCGAUUCAUGGCUGGGUCAAGGAGAAAAAAGAACAAAGAGAAAAAGGAGAAAGAGAAGCUAAAAAAGAAGUUAAAGAAGGAAGAGGAAGAGGAUGAACUUGAUGCAGAUAGCCCUCUUGCACAGAAUGAGGACAGCUUGCACAGCUUCCCUGAUGAUGCUUCUGAUGACCUCUCCAUACCUGUUAAGGGACGAGGGAGGGGCAGCAAGAAGGAUAAGAAGCCCAAGAAACUGGAUGCGCAGGCCCUGACCAUGCGCAGACACAAGUUAUGGGUGCUGAUGGCCAAAAAGGAGGUGGGCCGUUGCCAGAAAUCCAAGGCCUCUUUCCGCAAGGAGGUACUCCAGAACUGCAAGCGCAUGGCCACAGGGUGCAUGCGUGUGUGUAGACAGAAGGCCUUACAGAGCCAGAAAACAGUUAAAGACAAAGUGUGGAUGCUGAAGCGACUCACAAGAACUAUGCAAGGCGAAUGGAAGAAGUUUGACCGCAUCUUGAAGGAGCAGAACAGAAGAGCUGAGAGGGAGGCAGAGGAACAACGUAAAAUGGACAAGGAAAUCCUAGAGGUAAAGAGACAACAACGCAAGGUCAACUUCCUCAUCACACUGCCAGAGCUUUAUGCUCACUUCAUGAAGAACAAGAUGGGCUCGGCUUCCAUGGACGAUGAGGACACGAGCAACAUCCUCAAGCAGCUGGAGGACGAUGGGCCCAUCCCUUCUUCUUCCUCUAUAGAUGAUUAUGAUUGUGAGGCCAUGAAAGCUCAAGCACUGAAGACAGCACAGGAGGCCUAUUCCACACAGCAGGCCCGACUCAGCAUGUUCUCAAGCAUGGAGGGUGAGAGCCUGCCUAAUAUUGGGGGAUCGAAGGAGGCCAAGGAGCACCCACAGCCCACCAUCUUCAAGGGCAUUCUCAAGAGUUACCAGAUGAAGGGCAUGAACUGGCUGGCUAAUCUCUAUUACUUUGGCAUUAAUGGUAUCCUUGCUGACGAGAUGGGUCUGGGCAAGACAGUACAAUCAAUUGCCUUCCUUGCACACAUUUGUGAACAAUAUGAUACGUGGGGCCCCUUCCUGAUUAUUACCCCCGCAUCAACCCUUCACAAUUGGACAGGAGAAAUAGCCAGAUUUGUGCCAGAUUUCCAAGUGGUGCCAUACUGGGGCAACCCUGAGGAGCGCAAGAACCUCCGCAAGUUCUUUGACGGGAAGAACCUUGGCACAAGGGAGGCUAGCUUCCAUGUGGUUGUGACAAGCUACCAGAUCGUCAUCCAGGACUUUAGGUUCCUCAACCGCCUCAAGUGGAAUUACAUGGUCCUUGAUGAGGCUCAGGCCAUCAAGAGCAUCAACAGCCAGAGAUGGAAGCUCCUUCUGGGCUUCAGCUGCCGCAACCGACUGCUACUCUCAGGAACUCCCAUCCAAAACAGCAUGGCAGAGCUGUGGGCUCUCCUUCACUUCAUCAUGCCUUCCCUGUUCGACUCUCACCUGUGGUUCAAUGAAUGGUUCAGCAAGGACAUUGAAGGUCACGUAGAGAACAAAACACACGUGGACGAGAAGCACUUGAAUCGACUCCACAUGAUUCUCAAGCCAUUCAUGUUGAGAAGAGUAAAAACAGAGGUUGAGAAUGAGCUUUCAGACAAGAUUGAGAUCAUGAUGUACUGCCCACUUACCCUAAGGCAGAAGUUUCUCUACAAUGGCCUCAAGAACAAAAUCAGCAUUGACGAACUCCUACGUUCUUCUAUGGGUCCCUCAUCACAGCAAACAUCAGUCACCUCGUCACUCAUGAAUCUGGUCAUGCAGUUCAGGAAGGUGUGCAACCACCCUGAACUCCUAGAGAGACGAGAAGUGCGCUCCCCCUACACAAUGCAGCCUGAGCCUUACAACUUGCCCAAGUUGGUGUUCCGGGAUGUGUGCCUCAUCAGAGACAACCCCAGUCAACACCACUGGCUCUAUAACAAGCUGUCAGUGUUCAAUCCACACUAUAUGCAUUCUAGUUUGAAGGAGGAAGGGAAGUCAAACCGGUGUUUUUCAUUUCUUCGGUUCAUUGAUCUGAGUCCCUGUGAAGUCCAGACCUUCAAGAAAGAUCACUUGCUAACUCAGCGAUGGCUCCUCCUGCUGGCAGCAAUGCAGUAUGAGAAGAUUCGCCAGCACCGCAGCACCUGGCAGGAAAAAGACAAGCGAUCAAGUCCAGGCCUCAUGCCCGUGCGGAGGGACCACCUCAUAGUAGAUAGCAAUUUGUGCCCGGCAAGAAUAGCAUCAAGUAGAGUGCUCUCCAACCUCAUCUUUACCUCGAACACAUCCUCGGUUUAUACCUUCACGGAUCAUGUGAUUCACCAUAUGCCAGAGACGAUGAGUCACAGAAUAAUGAGAUCGAAGAAAGUGAAACCCCCGCUGAUAGAGGUCUUGUCAGAAGCCACAGAGGGAGCGGGAGCAACAGGUGAGGAGGGCAAGGCCACCGACACCCCAGAGCAAGUAACCCCGAAGGAUGACUCCACCAGCCCCUCUCAGCCUGCUGCUGGGGAGAAGUUGUCCUCACCUCCCAAGCCAGCCCACCUGGCUAAGCUUGGGAGUCCUCAAAAGGCGGGCGGGGGCUCAUCUUCCAAGUCGUCCCACAGGAGAUCGGGAGCGGGUUCCAAACACGGCUCCAAGAAGCACGGGAGCAAGAAGGACCACGGAGGCCUAGGCGGCCUCGGCGGGCUGGGCGACGGCGCGGAAGGCCUCGGCGAGGAGCUGAACCUUCUGCCGGAGGUGCCUCACGUGGAGCGGCCGAAGGAGGUGCGCCCCUGCCUGCCCACGCUGCUGCCGCCCUUCCUCAUGCACACGUGCGCCAAGGCCCAGUGCGCGGAGAAGGAGAUCGUGUGCCACGACCGGAGCGCCGCGUGGUGGCGGGUGCGGGCGGCGCGGACGGACUGCGAGGAGGGCGUGCAGUGCCUUCUCUACGGCUCGCCGGAGCUGGCGGUGGAGUGGCAGGAGCGCCGGAGUCGCCUCACCCAGGUGGAGGUGGGCGGGCUGAGGGCGAGCUACCCUGAGCUGGCGUGGAGCCAAGUCUCUUCCAGGAGGAAGAUCAACCGAAGUGUUGAAUGCAUUGACCAUUAUUCGCCAGCCUCACCUCGCCCCUCUCUCCCUGCAGACAAGCACUCCCUCAUCAUGGACGCCGGCAAGCUGUACGUCCUGGACACCCUCCUGUCGCGGCUGAAGGCGGAGGGACACCGCGUGCUCAUCUACUCGCAGAUGACCAAGAUGAUCGAUUUGUUGGAGGAGUACAUGUGGCACCGCAAGCACAAGUACAUGAGGCUGGACGGCUCCUCGAAGAUCUCGGACCGCCGCGACAUGGUGGCCGACUUCCAGACCAAGACGGACAUCUUUGUGUUCUUGCUGUCGACCCGAGCGGGAGGCGUGGGCAUCAACCUCACGGCGGCAGAUACGGUUAUCUUCUACGACUCGGACUGGAACCCGACGGUGGACCAGCAGGCCAUGGACCGCGCUCACAGGCUGGGCCAGACCAAGCAGGUCACGGUGUACAGGCUGGUUUGCAAGGCCACCAUCGAGGAGCGAAUCCUGCAGAGGGCCAGGGAGAAGAGCGAGAUCCAGCGCAUGGUGAUCAGCGGCGGCAACUUCAAGCCGGACACCCUCAAGCCCAAGGAGGUGGUCUCGCUCCUCCUCGACGACGACAUCGAGAAGCAGUACCGCGCAAGACAGCAGGAGCGAAGGAUCCUGGAAGAACACAAGAUAGAGAUAAACCGAGAGAAGAUGAGAGAGAGGAUGAGGAAGAGAUACGCAGAGAAGAAGUGGGAGCGCGAGCAGGAGGAGAAGCGGCGUCGCCUGGAGGAGGGCCUGGACGUGGGCGGCGACAGCACACCCUUCAACUCCACGCCCGCGUCGCCCGCCCACAGCGAGGUCUCCGUGACGGCGAGCCUGCUCCUGGACGACGCCAGCAACGAUGGCUCGCUCAUCGUCGACGUCGAGUCCCCCGCGCCGCCCACGCCAGUGUCCUCCUCGGCAGCGAGUCUGGGCGGCGGGUCCUCGUCCGCGCCGCCCAUCCGCGGCCAGAGAAAGCGCGGCCGCCCGAAGGGAUCGGGGCUGCGAGGGCGGCUCUCCAGGCCCUCGGAGGCGGGCGGCGGCGGCGGCGGGGGCGGCGUGAGCGGCGGCGGCGGCGGCGGCGGCGUUGGAGGCGCAUCUUCCGCUGGCUUCGGAGGGACGGGGUCGCCGGGUGGGUCGAGCGGCAACCCGGCGGGCUCCUCGGGCCCGGUGAAGCGAGGCCGAGGCCGCCCGCGCCUGCUGCCCCUGGGGCCCGGGCACCAGGGCACGCGCACGCCGCCCGCGCUCCCCCUCGCCCUCGGCACUGCGCUCAACACGCCCAAGACGGACGACACCAGCACGCCCAAGCCGUUCGGGUUCUACACCUGAGGGGCGAACCGAGAGGGAGGCGGAGGAGGAGAAGCAGGAGCGAAGGCGCCGCGCGAGAGCCUCGUCCUUCGGCCUCGGGGCGACGGAAACGCGUCGAGGGUCGACUCGUAGGUGUUGCGUUUAGUGUAGGGAGCGCCAAGCAGAGAGAGGAAGGAAGGAGGUGGCAUGGAUUUGAAAGAAGAGGAGGAGAGGAGGACGGGGACGCGAGCCCGCCGCCGCCAGGGGACCAAAGUGGACAGCCGCAAAUCGCUCGGACGUGAGUGCCAAGGAGGGCCUAGGGAGGGAGGCACUGGCACCCUCAACCCAUCCCUCUCCUCCCCCACCCCUCUCCCUAUUGCCUUCAAAAGGAGGGUCGAGGGAGGGAGGGGGCAGUGUCUCCCCAUCUCCCGUCCCCCUGCCCCCCCCCCCCUCUGUGCCUGACUGAUUCUUCCUUCAAUGAAGCGCUCGAUUUAGGCCAUAGAUUUGUUUCUUUUUUUUAAGAAUGGCGAGGACAGCGGAAGGUGCAUAAUGUAAUUCCCUGUAUAAAAUAGAUAUAUAACUUAACGAAUUCAUUGAUAAAAGGGUAAUUCUUCCAUGAGAGUUUUGGACCAAGUGUUGCUGUUCGUUAUCUUUUUAUCACUCUCCUCCUGAUAUUGAGUCCAGAUUUUCUUUUUUAGGUUAUGUCGAAGGGAUAUGACUCGUAUCUUUUAUUUAAUAUAAAAAAGGUCUUACACGCAACCUAUCUUAGAUUAUGUAUAUGUUGGGAAGAACCAAAGACAAGUGUUCUUUUUUUUUCCUCUUUUUUUUAAUUAUGAUGUAUCAAGUCGAGGUUUCGUGUACGUAUGUGUAUGUGUGUGUACAUAGAGGUAAAUCGCGGUGUGUACACGAGAGCAGCGAGCGUUUGAGACGCUGGUGGCUGCUAAUGCUCAUUUUGCUCAAUGAUUAUUUACUUUCACUCUUUUUUUUUGUGUUUUCCUCUUUUGAGUCUGCGUUCUUCCAAGGAUUUCUAUAAGCCAGUCGAGGAUUGUUUGAAAAGCAUGUAUGAUCAUUCCGUCGUUUCAUUUGUCUCUCUCCUCUCUCUCUUAAUCUCUUCCUCUUCCUCUUCUUCCUUCUUACCUCCUCUUCUUCUUUUUCGUUCACUGCAAACCAUCGAGGCAGCGUGACACGAGUGCAUUAGGUAAGCGCGCCAGUUGAGUGAACUUUGCGCGCGGAGAUUUCAACGCCGCGAGGGGAAGUUAUCCAAAUCAUUGCGAGUGUGGAGGCUCUCUGUCAGUCACUCUCGGCUUCCCUUCCUCCCCUUUCUAGAACGGAAGGAACUUUUUCUUGUAUUUAUCUUCAUUUCGGAUAAUUAUUCCUAACCGUUCCUUAGAAAUCGGAGGGACAAAAAUGGAAAAUAUGGAAGACAAGGGAGAAGGGGAUAAGAGGGAUCACUAUAAUGAAAGAGGAAAAAGAAAGAGAAGAGACUACGAAAAGGGAAAGGGAGAGACAGAGAAGAGAAGAGAGAAAAACAAACAAACAAACAGACUACAACUUCAAAAGAGAAAUCUAUUCCAGAUAGCAAAAAACACAACGCAAGCAAACAAACAAACAAAAAACGCACGUGACUUAACGAAGAGUAUAAUGUUAAGAAUGACUCGCAAUACGUAACCUUUUUCAAGACGUCCUCACGCAGGACUUCUGACUUACGUGUUUAUCAUAUCGACCAGUCUUUUUUAUGAGGGUUGCGUCCUUGUUUCGACUUCAGUGUAACAGUGUAUGUCUUUUACACCCAUUGUAUGUACCAUCGAGACUGUGAUUGUGUGAUAAAUAAAAAUAUUUGUUGAGCAAA